AAUAAUUAUAGACUUGCUCUUUGCUAAGAUGUGCAGGAUUUAGUUUAGUUUAUUAUUGAGGUAAGAUGAUGUACGCUUGGGAGAAUCUUGGGGAGAUCGCUAAUGUCGCGCAGCUCACGGGUCUGAAUGCCGUGCAAUUAAUCGCCAUGAUUGUGAAGGCUGCAAGCACAGCCAGAAUGCACAAGAAGAACUGCAGGCAAUUUGCUCUGCAUUUGAAGCUGAUCGGUAACUUACUAGAGCAGCUGAAAAUCUCGGAGCUGAAGAGGUAUCCUGAAACCCGAGAGCCACUGGAACAGCUUGAGGAUGCCCUGCGAAGGUCUUACAUUUUGGUGAAUAGCUGCCAGGACAGGAGCUAUCUAUAUCUGCUGGCCAUGGGAUGGAAUAUUGUGUACCAAUUCAGGAAGGCUCAGGUUGAGAUUGAUCGGUACUUGCGGAUCGUUCCCCUCAUCACUCUUGUGGAUAAUGCUAGGGUCAAGGAAAGAUUGGAAGAUAUUGAAAGGGAUCAACGUGAAUACACCCUGGAUGAAGAGGACAGAAGGGUGCAGGAUGCUAUUCUAAGACGGGAUCACUCAAGAGAUGAAACCAUGGUGCUAAAGAAGACUCUCUCUUGUUCGUAUCCAAACUUGCCUUUUGAUGAAGCGCUCCAUAAAGAGAAUGAGAAGCUCCAGCUAGAAUUAGAACGAUCACAAUCAUACAUGGAUGUUGGACAAUAUGAAGUAAUUCAACAUUUGAUUGCAGUCACAGAAACUGCAGCAUGUUCUCUACCGGAGAAAUAUUCACCCCUCACAAGUUCCGAGAAAGUGGAGCCAAAUUAUUCGAGUGGCAAUGAUGAGAAAGGACAUUCAUUUGAAGGAAGUUAUUACAGUGGAAAUGAUACUCGAACGACCUCAAGAAACACUUCUUCGGUUUCAUCAGGAAAUGAUCUGCUGCCCAAUAGAGGAUCCCAUUGGCAUGAAGAAUGGCAUUCAGAUUUACUGGGCUGUUGUUCAGAACCAUAUUUGUGUCUGAAGACAUGCUUCUACCCUUGUGGUACAUUAUCUAGGAUUGCUACAGUGGCCACAAACAGGCACAUGUCCUCAGCGGAAGCCUGUAAUGAGCUCAUGGCAUAUUCAUUGAUACUGGCAUGUUGUUGCUAUACUUGCUGCAUCCGAAGAAAGCUUCGUAAAAUGCUCAACAUCACGGGAGGGAUUUGUGACGACUUCCUCUCACAUUUAAUGUGUUGCUGCUGUGCCUUGGUUCAAGAAUGGCGAGAAGUGGAGAUCCGUGGUGUCUAUGGCCCUGAAAAAACAAAGACGAGCCCACCUACCUCUCAGCACAUGGAAUCUUGAAUGAUAUUUAGAGGAUGGAAAGGAAUGAUUCAGUUAGAAAUUUAGAAUAUACAAAUUCGUUUCAACACUUAUCUAGAGGUAACGGCUGGUUCCUCGCUUUACCUUGUACUUUUGGGACUUCUUUUAUGCAUUAAUUUGGUCAUGUAAAGUUUCUUCAUACCGAUAUGGUUGUGAGUCUAUAUGUCAUGUAUCAUAGUCGAGUUCUUAUAUACAAGAGGGCUGUUUGAUUAAUUUCUAUUCACCUUGUACUUUUGGGACUUCUUUUGUGCAUUAAUUUGGCCAUGUAAAGUUGCUUCAUACCGAUACAGCUGAGAGUCUAUAUUUGAUAUAUCAUAGUCAAGUUCUUAUAUGGAAGAGGGUUGUGUGAUUAAUUGAUUUUCAAAGCAGAUGGUUUAUCCUUGUCUUCA